AAGACGUUGAGGCUAAAAUUAUGCCCACUAAUACUGGCUCAUAGUGGCAUCGGCAUCGGUAUAAAACCCGACAACGUUUCAUUCACAGGAAUCAUUCCCAGUUCAAGUUGUUCACUCAGAGGUACGUACGCCAAAGCGAAUCUUCGAAGAUGAAAGUGUUUUCCACAGUUUUGCUCGCCAUCGUCGCGUGUUGUGCUGUGGCCGAAGCUAAAACGUUCGGCAAAUGUGAACUGGCAAAGGCACUGGCCAACAAUGGCAUCGCGAAAGCUUCGUUGCCGGAUUGGGUCUGUCUGGUGCAGAACGAGAGUGCGUUCAGCACAUCGGCGACAAACAAGAACAAGAACGGUUCGACCGAUUACGGCAUCUUCCAGAUCAACAACAAGUACUGGUGCGAUUCGGGCUACGGUUCAAACGACUGCAAGAUCGCGUGCAAAAAUUUACUAAACGACGAUAUUACGGAUGACAUCAAGUGUGCCAAGCUGAUCCACAAACGUCAUGGAUUUAACGCCUGGUACGGCUGGAAGAACCACUGCAAUGGCAAGAAGCUGCCGAAUGUUAGUUCCUGUUUUUAAGGACGCUUUUGUUUCAGUAUUUUAAAAUGUAGUAAUAAAGGAAAGCCAUUAGUUGAGUAAAUAAGAUAACCACCAAGAUGUA